UAAUAAUUAAAUCCAACCCAGAUAUUGAUGCCCCAAAACAACAAGGAAAUAAUAAUUCAGUGUUUUAGAGAGAGAGGGCACACAAGUCACAACAGAAGCUCUUCACAUCUAUGCAUCUAUCGCUUUUCAGUACUUAAUUUCUCAAAGAAAUUUGAUCCAGAUUGUUGUGCAAUAGUAGAAUCAUCACUACUGAUUUCUUCAAUUCAGGUAAGAUAUAUAAAAAAGAACACUUCAUAGAUCUUCUCUUAAGUUUAGUUAAUUUCUCAUUUUGUAAUUUUAGUUGGAUUUCAACCUGAAAGUGUUGAAAUUUCCAAUUUUUAGGUUUAGAAUCCAAGUAUGAGAAAGAACCCAGAAAUCUUUCAGCACAAAACUUAAAUGCUAGUAGAAAUAUGUUGGGAUUAGGCGUAUGGGUUUUUUGAUUCACAUCUUUGAAUGAUUCCUGUGUUAAUUUGAAUUGAAAUGAGUCGUUCUCCGUCAUUCUCAUUAAAGCAAGAGCCAAAUUCUAAACUUGACCCUAAAAAUUUGAGACAAUGGGUUGUUGCCUUUUGUGCGAUUAGGUUUGAUCUUGAACAAGGUCAGGUUAUUGAGGAAUGUUAUCCACCUGGUUGCUUCAGUCAAGAUGAGGAACUAGAAAUUGCUUUUAGUUCUUUCCCUGAUUCUGUUUCUCAACAUCAAAAUCGUUCAAGUAUCCAUGAUUGUAUAUUCUUCUUUCGUUUUCGAAGACGAGAAAAUGUUCUAGUUGGUAAUAUCUCUUCUUCUGAGUCAGUUGAGGGAGGAGGAGGAGAAGAGAAAGAUGAUAUAACACAGAGAAAAUCAAGCAGUACACGUAAAAACACAGGUUCAAAAUAUCUGUAUGGUUAUGUAUUUAAUAGGCAGAGACAUGAUGAGAGAUUAAGGCGAGGUGGGGAACAAAAAUCUGUUGUAAUCUUAUCGCACAGUCCUUACUCAAGUGUGUUCAGGCCGGUCUUACAAAUCUUGGGUCCCUUAUUUUUUGACAUUGGUAAGAAAGCUCUAGAACAUAUGGCUUCUUAUGUUUCAAUGUGGCCUGCUCCGAUACUUGGCAAACUAAUGGAGCUUCCCAUAGGCAAUGCUUCAUUGAAAGUGAACCUUCCGCCUGCUCAUAGCUUGCAGUUGGAAAAUGGGUUCUUUUCCGAUGAGUCUGCCUCCUCAAUGGCUCCAUUUCUUCCUACAAAUCAGUCAGUUCCGCAGGGUUUGUUUCAUGAUGCAGAUAUUUUUGGUACAUUUAGGGGAAUUCUGUUGCAGCUCUGGGUCCUUUGGGAGCUUCUGAUUAUUGGAGAACCCAUUCUUAUAAUAGCACCGACCCCGCCCCAGUGUUGUGAAGCAGUUGCAGGUCUUGUUAGUGUAGUUGCUCCACUUUUAUGUAGUGUUGAUUUUCGACCUUAUUUUACUAUCCACGAUCGGGAUUUUGCCCAGCUUAAUUCACUUAGUGAAGGUGACACUUUCCCACCAAUGGUUCUUGGUGUGACCAACUUAUUCUUCCUCAAGGCUCUUAAAAAUAUCCCACACAUUGUUUCAGUUGGUAGUCCUGCUCCUAAUUCGAGUAGGCAAAGUCUGGCUCCUAGAGCUUCCUUUGCUGGCAGAAGUAUGGGUAGGCCAGAAGGCUUUGGAUUUCAGCAACUCUCAUUAAGAAGGUUUUCUCCGACGAAUUUGUUGAAUUCUGUGAAAUUACGAAGAGAUGGUCCUCUUUGUUUAAUGACAGAACACAAAGAGGCUAUUUGGAGCACCUAUGCUGCAGUAACCAAACCGGAUACAUCUAUCUUGAAUAGACUUAUUGAUGCAGGGGUUUCCUCCAGGGUUGAAGAGUCCAUGUCAGUUGUAAACAAUGAAAUAUUGCGGAGACAUUUCUUGGAGCUGACGACCAACUUUCUUGCUCCUUUUGGUCCGUACUUGAGAACUACCACACCAAUCGAAGGAACUUCUCCUUUUGUUGACCCUCCUCCGUUACCUCCGUUUAAUGCUAAUGAAUUUCUCAUGACCUUAUCAGCACGAGGUCCUGGGAAGUUCUUAUCCAAAAGGAUGAAGACUAACUGGUUGGAUCUAUACAGGCGCUUUCUAAAAGGGCAAAACUUCAUGCCAUGGUUCCAAAGAAGACGUCUUGUUGCUGAACAGGAACAGCAUAGACUAUGGAAGCAGGCCAGAAUAAGGACUGACAUAAAACGAUUUAUUCCGGGAAUGCUUGAAUUGGAGGUUGUUGAUUCUUUCAAUGCAAUUGCGAAACAUUUACUUGGAGAGUUACUGUUGCUACAGUGUGGAAAGGUCAGUGAAGACUCUGCAGCAGUAUGUCAAAAACUGAAGGGUGAUCUGCAAGCAGUAUUCAACGUGCUUCCAACAGAUAUGCAACAACUCUUACUGUUAAACCCUGAAAGGGCAUCACUUGUCCAAGACGACCUUGAAUUAUUGAAAAUUGCAGAAUCAAAGAGCAGUUGGUGGUAGUGGAAUCAAUUAGCUUUUGAUGGAAACGGGAUAGAGGAAAGGUCUCCUCCAAUGCCGAAGCUCGUGACUUGAUGUUAUCCUAUAUUACCCUACAGUGUUGGUUGAACCUUUGGAUUUCAGAAUCUAAUCUCUUCUAAGCAGAGACACUAGGAGUCAAGUCGCAGGAGUAACAAAUUAAACCUCUGACGUUCAACCAUCACACGUGGGGAUGUAUUUGUUUUUAGUUAGGUCAGUAUGGGAACGUUGACAAGUGAGUAAUGAUUCUUUGGGUAGCAAAGUUUUGAAAUUUUAGUGCUGUUCGUCUUUCCUAUUCCUAUGACAGUUUAUGAGAUGAUUUACCCUUGUACGAUGAGAAAUCAGUCUUCUUCCCUUCAUUUUACCAGUGAAGUGAACUUUUGGUGAAGUUUAGAGGGGUAACUACUCCCCCUGUAUCAGUUCCACUGAAAUUGAUUACCUAAAUGAGGUUGGAAGCUUCUUAUCAAUGCAUAGCUGCAGCAAUAGCAAAAAAUAUCAGCAGCCUCAUUUGCUUCUCUAUAUUGAUGUGAAAAUUAAACAUCAGCAGAAAGAACUUCCAUAUCUUUGACAUCUUUCAACCUGAAGUUUUGUAAUUCCCAGUUGACAAGCUACCAUCAUCAUCCUUUACCUAAAAGCCGAAUGCCCCAUAACAAAUUUAGUAGAUAUGUUCAAAAUUUUUGGUUUAGUGCACCAAAAACACCAGUUUUAUGUCAGUAGCAUUAAAAAUGUAUAUAAACUAGGUAUCACCCCGGCCUACGGCCGGGGCUCAACCUUUUAUCUGCAACAUCCCGCAGAUUAACUCGAAGCUAUAGCCUAUAUACAGUAACACCUUAUAAGGAGUGAAGACGUGAAUAUAUAU